AUGCUGCGCAUGGAGCGUGCGUCGAGCCGUGCCGGUGUGAUGAAGCGCAUCAAGCUCAGCAUCGUCUUUGUCAACGCAGACGGCAUCCUCAUCGUAUCCGUGCGGGAGGCUCGAUUGCAGGGCAGUGUGGAAGAUGACGCAGCACCUCGUCUCGGACCUCCAACCUCAUACGCAAACGUCUUCCUCGACCCAGACCCAUCGAGCGAUGGCGAGAACCAGCGAAAGACGCAGCUCAUCACCAAGACACAUUCUCCAGCAUGGAACCAGACGUUCAAGUUCUUCAUCCCGCUGGACAUGCCCCAUGGCACCCGGCUUCACCUCGCCGUCUGGACCAGGAGCAACAGCGGUGAUCACUACAGCGGCGGGCUCUCCUUUGCUCUGGAGGACGUGAUGCAAUCACCGCGUGCCGGCUGGUAUUCGCUGCUCCCCCGUGAAGAGGCCAUCCUCGGUCACACGAAGCUGCGAAUGCACAGCGAAGUUGCCGCCUCACGACACUCGUCAACGACCCUGUCCACGGCGAGCAAUGCCAGCUGGCGACCAGGGCAGGCAUGCAGGGUGCUGACGGAGGAUGACGCGUCCGUGUAUGAGGUGGCGACUAUUGAACAGAUUCAUCGCGAGCGCGGUGUUGCCAUUGUCACUGAGCGCGGACACAACGCAACAAACCGCAGGGAGGUUCGCCUGUCUGAGAUUGUGCCCCUCGACGCCAGCCCGCCGCGCCGGUCGUCGCUUCGACGCAUGAGCAUCAGCGACAGCAGCGAGGGCGGUGAUGCUGCUGCGCACACACGCAUGCGGCUCUCGGGCACGCUGGGUGACGACGUGGAUGUGGAUGCGAUGAUGAGUCACGAUGACGACGACGACGACGACAACGUCGAUGGCGAUUAUAGUGACAGUGAUGGCGAUGGUGAUGGGGUGUUUGUGGAUGAUCUUCACGACAUCACUCCGCGGGAACAGCGGCGUCAGGCCGCCAUUGCUCUGCUUCUGAGAACACUGCAGGACGUCGCAGAGAACAUUCAUCUCUGCAUCGAGGUGUUUGUUGAGCCACUGAACAUUGAUUUGACAUCGGAACAGCACUCAAAACUGUUUGCAAACAUUGAGGAACUGUACGGGCCGUGCAAAGACGCUGUCACCGACCUUGCAACGCGAAAGGUUGUGGCCACUGGCCGCUUCAGCAACAUUGCCGAUGUGGUCAAGGCGUUUGUGUCGGCCAUCAACCCCAAGCUCAUGGUGUACACCGUCAACAGGGACGCGUCCCGGGCGGAGCUGCAACGGCUGCAGGCGACAUCACAAGAUUUUGCCGCAUUUCUCAAUCAGCAGUCGCUCACCAACCCAGACUGCAACCUGGAGGCACUGCUGACUCACCCCAUCCGCACCAUGAACCUGCUGCCCAAGGUGUUGAUGGAUGUGAUUGAGUGCACGCCUGAAUCGCACGGCGACCACCUGACGCUGAAGGAGACACUGAAGACACUUCAGCAGAACAUUGACAAAGUACACGAGCAGUCCACACGCAUGCGCACCGUCGCAAAGCUUUCGUUCUACGAAGAGCACCUCGUCUCUGCCGACGGCGCCCCGCUUCCCUUCAAACUCAUGGAGCCCUCCAGAUUCUUCGUGCACGAGGAGACGGUGCCCGUUGAGUUUGCGCGACGAACUCUACUUCGAAACAAAAAAUCUAAACCUCGAAACGUCACCGUGAUUGUCUUCAACGACUUUGUUCUCCUGACGGAGAAGCAACCGGGAUCGUGGGAGGAACCGACAUAUGUGCUGAUGAAUCCGGGAAACAAACCCCUCCUCCUCAAAGAUAUUUUCGUCGACACGGACGAUUCAGCGAUGAGCGUGUUCUUCGGCGUCAAAUCCCACAGCUUUGUUCUUCACACCAAAGACCGGCAGGCGCAGGGCAAGUGGGUGAAGCUGCUGUCGAGAGAGCACGCCCCUCCACGUACCCGCGCCAGAUCCUCAUCGUCCAACCCGGCCCACCUGCCCAACGGGUGCGCCGUUGAUCCAGCCACGCUCACGCUGCGGGAUGUUGUGCUCCCUUGCAACGCAGACCUCGGCUUCAGCCUCCGCCUCAACACGCCCGGCGUCAUUGGCGAGGUGCGACCUGAAUCCCCCGCUCACACCGCGGGUCUUCAGGACACAGACGCGAUUGUUCGCAUCAACCACAUCCCCGUCGCAGGCCUCUCCCAUGAGGGUAUUCUGGAGCUGCUGCGUGCGGUGCAGGGGAAGCGAGUGCACUUGACCGUUCAGCAGUACCUGAAGCGCGUGACGGUCUUGAAGGACGCGAACCGCGGGUUUGGUUUCGUGCUGCAGGGGAACAUGCCCACAUAUGUUAAGAGCAUCGACCCUGCUGGCGCUGCGGAGCGGGCGGGACUGCGGCUCGGCGAUCACAUAUGGGAGAUCAACGGCGCACACGUGCGCGAUAAACCCCACGAUCACGUCGUCAGCAUUCUUCGCAGCUGUGCGCAGGGGGUGAAGCUGCUCGUUCGCCCAACACUGCGGCGCGUGGACGUGCGUGGCACUCCCGGCGUGAGCGAUGGUUUCCCAGGGUUCACGCUCCUGCAGAAGGGGGCGUCACCCCUCCACGUGUCGAGUGUUGAUGAGGACGGACCAGCCGCGCUGGCAGGCCUCGAGCUUGGCGACCAGGUGUGGGAGAUCAACGGACAAAACGUCCGCACACAGUCGCUGGCAGCUGCGCGAGCGCUCAUUGCGUCAGAAGCGCAGAAGGGGCGUGACGAGGGGGCGUGUCUUCGCCUGGUGGUCAUCUCCACCUUGCGACGCGUGACCCUCAAUGACACUCCGUUGGGCCUCAACGUUUCUGGAGAGCACCCGUCGCGCGUGGAGCGCGUUGAUGCUGGUGGACAGGCCGACACGGCUGGCUUGCGUGCUGGCGACAUCAUCUGGGGCAUCAAUGGACGCAGUGCGCUCUCGCUCACACACGCGCACGUGAUUGAGGCGAUUCGUUCUCGUCCGCAGCGCGUCACCCUCAUGGUGCCGCUCCAAUAG